CGGAAGAAUGGUACAUAUAAAGAGAAUGCAAGAAAGUGAAUCUUUUAGUGAUGCCUCCAAAACGGCCACUGAGGUAACAUGCCUCCUGCUGCCGCAGAGGCGUUGACUGUUUUUGGAGCUUGUCGACGGCAAAAGGGAGAGGACUACUGUACAGCAACCCACGACGGGAAUCUCCCUUUACCCCAUCCUCGUUGGCAUCUGCGUGGAUCAUUCUUGGUGUCCAUCGAUGUCUUUAUCAUCUCGACUGUGAGUCUGGCUUACUGAAGGAGAAGAUUAACAAUACUCUCCUGACACCGGUGUUUGGGUCUCCCUGCAAGAAAAUCCCCCCGAUCAUGUCGGAAUUCCGCGACACGUCCAACAUUGCCUGGUACCCAGCCGCCUACUCGCUGACGACAUGCGCUCUCAUCCCGCUGGCCGGCAAGCUCUCGUCCAUCCUGCCGCUGCGGUGGGUCUACCAGGCCGUAGACGAUGAACAUGAGCGACCCGGCCAUGCUGUCGCCGGUGCCGACGGCAGUCCAUCCCACGGCCGACCGCCGCGGCCGCGUGUGGGUGAUUAUCAGGUAGACGUUGUGCGCGCCCGUGCUCGCAUUGCGCCCCGUGGCGAGGCCGAGGCAGAAGUCGGCCGCUGCGUUGGGUUUGGCCGGAUCGCCGAACCGACAGUACUGCACUGGUUCGGCCCGGGCGGGAGCGAGCAGCACCGCAUGCAGCACCAACAGGGUCAGGAGGAGAAACCGGGACCAAGACCUUCCCGGACUCGGUUGGGGGAUUGUAUGGCGGAUGGCCAUGGCAGAGCUUUGGAAGCAGGGUUGAGGUGUCGUGAGCGGCAACCAGAGAAAGAGAGAGAGAGAGGUACGCAAAAGCGCAGGUGGGCUGUCGUCGGCGUCCGCUGACGUUGUCUAGCCCAGCCAAAG